GAAGUGCUGUAGCCUACGUUUGUAUUAUGAGAGGGGAGGAAAAAAAAAAGAGAAAGUUGCACAUAAUAAUAUUCAACCCGCCCUUCUGCCGCUGCUGCUGACCGUCAGAGCAGCUGGAGCCGCAGCGCUCACCCACACCGAGGCGCGUAUCGGGCAGAAGAGAUGUGUGAGGAGCGCAUGGAGCGACACUUAUUGCGGGUUUUGUGUUGGGAAAAGUGGCGAGGAAUAAUACUUCACUGAGUCAACGAGACAUAGGUCAGGGAUGGUGGAAUAGGACGGUCAUGUGGUGUAGGAGAAAAAAGAGGCACAGACAUCGGAAUGCCACAGGCUGUCUCACUGCUGCCCUUUCUUCUGGUGCUCAUGGGAUAUGCUUUUGCUGGGCUCAGCAUCUGGCCCUCCUUCCACGUUGCCCUUAGCAACGGCAGCGUGUUUGUGGACUUCAGUGCAAAAUCCAGCAACGGCAGCAUCCGCAACAUGAGCCUGUCUCUGGUCAACACGGAGACCAACACCACCCUUCUGACCAGGACUCUCCCCAACAACCAACCGACCGGCAGGGUGGAGUUUGAUUGUUCCUGCUUCCUAUACGCGGGAACUUUCCGGUUCCUGCUGAGGCAGACCAGCAUCACCAUUGUUUCUCGCGCUAAUGGAACCGACAGCGUAGAGAGCACUACCUGGUGGUGGAGUUCAGAACUACAGGUGCAGUGGCCCACCUUUCACAUUGCUGUGGACAGAGCUGGAAACCACUCAGGAUCUUUUCAGGUUGGGAUAUCCACCAAUGAACACUUUCAGUCUUGCUCCAGCGGCAUUGACUCGGCGCUCUUCCUGGAAGUCAGCUACAUGGAGUACAACCAGAUAGGGCGAAACAGUAUCGACAAGGUCAGAGCCAGGACUCGACACCCGAUCAAACCUCUCCGUUCCCAGAGCGUCGCACUGCCCUGUGCCUUCCCAUUCACUGAGAAAGACUUCAUAAGAGUGGCUCUACGGUCCCCUCACACAUCGCAGGAGGUGAAGAGCUCCGGACCUCUUUACCUGUCCCGUAUAUUCUCCUAUAAACUGCUGGUGGAAAAUGCCAACGCUUACAAGAGUGGCUGUGAAGGGACUAUGACUGUUAAAAUGAUAACCCCACCGUGUGCAAGCAUCAAUGGGAAAAUACUGCUGUAUAACGAGGCGGGCGUUGGAAGAGGUGUUGCUGUUUCCUCUGCAGUGAUUGGAUCAGAGGAGCCUUCUUCUCCUCCACUGGCUUAUAACUGGCUGACUCAGGGAGAGAACGAGACAGAAUUCAACUGCUCCCUGUUUUAUCCAGGAAGAAAUAAGUACUGCUUUCGCUUUGUUUUCAACUUCAGUCGCUCCCCUAGUCCAGCGCAGACUUGUCUGGUGGUUUACAGGAGUGCAGAGUCAUGGGGGCCCUGGCAGCCGUGGAGCGUGUGCAGCGUGAGCUGUGGAGAAGGGGUGAGGGAACGAGUGCGCGAGUGUGUACUGCCCUCUGGUGUGCGAGGGUUGCAGUGCACCGGCAUGGUGAAGGAACAGUCCCUCUGCUCGCUGGAGAACUGUGUCGUGUCACCCUCUCCUUCUCCAUCCCUCCCGCCUGUCGCUGUUGGAGCUACACCCCUGGGUGGUAACAUGGUCGUGGUGGUCGGUAUCUCCCUUUGCUUGGCCGUGAUUAUGGCCACUGUUGUGGUGACCGUGUGGAGAAAGUUUUGCCAGACCCCUCAGUGCAGCUCUGUCCGCAGAGGCUCCAUGCAUUCUCCUGGGGGUCGCAAGCUCUCAGAUGAGGCCUCCAUCUGUGGCCACAGCCUCCAAAGACCCAGUCUGUGUGACGGUCAUGGCCCAUCUGGGGGUGUGGGUGUCGCACAGAAAGACAGGCCUUCCCUGGGAAGUCAUCCUGUCUCACAGACUCUGGUGAUGCCACUCUCACAAGACCCAGAAAGGCUGUCUCCAACUGGUCAGAAGGUGUUGCCAUCUAUAUUUGGGUACCGGUUGGCUCAGCAGCAGUUGAAAGAGAUGAAGAAGAAGGGAUUAAAAGAGGCCACACAGCUGUAUCACGUCUCCUCAAGUCCUGUCCAUGACACCAUGGUUGAGACAUCUGCCUCGCCCACCAGCUCGCCUAUUAAUACGCCGGGUGGAUUUUCUCAUUCUCCCCUCCCUUUGGGCCUGCACGAUGAUGCUAACCACAACCAUUUUUGUAUUGCAACUCCCAUUUCUGAGCUGCCACCACUCAAUUCUAGACUCACGCCGGACAGACUGAGUCCCAGAGUGGAUCUAAUCUUGGGUCCACCUGUCUCUACUCAUGCGAGUGGGGGCAGUUCAAAAUGGCGCGACCGCACCGCUGACUGGGUGGAAAUGGUAGAGAGGAGCGGGUUAGCAGGUGCCAGGGAAGGAGGAGGAGAUGCAGCAAGCGGAAACACCUUUCACAAGAAUCCGUAUUUUAGGCGGACGUCCAGUUUUAAUGACACCAAAUUCCAGCCACCGUCGUCUGCACAGUGCAGACAGUUCAGAGAAAGGAGCAUGACUCAGGUGGGAUCUCGCACUCUUCCUGAAGGAAGCUGCUGGAACAAAGGAGGAUGGGAGAGACAACCAUAUCGCUCUUACCCCAUUCCAGAACAUGGAGCCUCAGAGUGGACCAAAUCCAGACCUCAGAGGAAUGACCAGAGGAAGCCCUGGAUGGAAACGACGCUUUCUACUCACAAUAAUGAAGUAAAACACAUAGGAACCAACACAAACAGCAUGACAGCAUCUGAGAAACAUACCAAAACAGACUUCAAUGGCACUGGGGAAAGACAAAAGAGUGGAGAGCCGAUCUCAGGGAUUGGGGGUCCGGCUGUGGGGCCUUCCGGUUCUCAUGGAGUGAAUCAGCUGAGUAUAGAGCGGGCAGAGCAGAACUGGAACCGCCGCGGCCCAUCGCCUAUCCAGAGAAACAUGCUUGCCAGGAAAUUAAAGGAGGCUCAGUCCUGCUCUGGGGUCAAGGGCCGCCAGCGCAGCUCCACCUUCAGUGUAUCAUCUUCAGAGCAGAGAAAGAGUCGCUGCCGCUCUCUGCCGAUGUCUGGAGACUACAGCAGCAGCGGUGGCUCGUCCUACAGGCUGAGUGAGGCAGAGCAGAGGAUGCUGGACCUGGAUCUGUCCUCAGUGUGUGUGCAGGAGGAGGAGUAGAUCAGAUCAGGUUUGUAGCUUUACACCUGAGGGAACCUUAGAUUUAUUGUUUACCUCAGCCUCUAAACUAAAUCCUCCUCGUACAUCUGUGUACCCACAUAUCAGUAAGGAUUGUAUUGUAUUGUUACACAUUUAUCUAUAAAAUGGAGAGAAAAAUGUUGAUAUUGUAGUUGUAUUUUUCAGACAAGUUCGUUUGGUUGCAUUUUUUAUUAUUUGUGUUUUUAUAUUGCAGUUAUCAUUGUAAAUCUGUGUAUAGUUCAUGUAAAAAAAAAUCUCUUUUCAAAACACUUUGCCAUAAUAAGUCACAUGUAACAUGGCCUUGUACCUGCAUCUACAUGCACUGGUAAGCACAAGCCCACAAACAGAAGACAGUUUUAUUUUCUUAUUCUGUGCUACCAAAUGUGAUGUUUUUUUUGUUUUUGUUUUUUUUUAUAUUGCUGUCAAGUCCCACUGUUCAGUACUGCUCUGUGGUGACAACCGCUCAAUCUAUGAUGUGGUUUAGGGACAUUUUUGAAUGUGUGAUCUGAGCAGUACCACAUAUUUUCCUGGAAUUUGCACAAGUUAGAGCAACAGUGUUCGGUUGUAACUAGAGUCAAAUAUGAACACCAGUGAGGCAUUGUAGCUGUUAUGCUGUUUGUUUUAAUGCUGAAAUAAUAUACAUUUUGUAGACAGAAAUGCUCACGGAAAAUGAAAAAAUACUGUUUGAUUAAAAAAUGAAGAAAAGGGAGAAAAUAAAAUGUAAAGAACUGAAACAU